AUGGCAGUCGACACCAGCUACCUGACCACUCAGGUCAACAGUAUUGUCGAGCAACUUCACAGCAUCUUCGAUGAGAUCGGAGUGCCUGCUCGCGAACGCGACUCGCGCGAAGCCGAGCUCUUCAGUGCUUUGUCGGAAACAUUGAACAACCACCUCAAGCUUGUUGACGAAGAAAAGGAAGAAAUGACCCUGGAAGCUCAGCGCCUCAUCACAGCCAUUCAACAAAUGGAGGCAUCAUUGGGUGACGAGCGAGCCAGUGGUCAAUUCGAACUUAACCGCGAUGAUUUGCGCGUCACCUACCCGCUCAACCGGUGCAUUACUUUCCUCCGCGAAAAGAGCGACGCUAUGAGCAAGCUUCACCGUAAGAGAUUCGAGCAGGUCAAGAAACUUGUUGACGCCCUGGAGUCAUAUUCGUCCCACCUUGAAGCCUCUUUCCUCCAAAUCGAACUGCCUCCCACCGCUCCAGGCUCCACCAUUCCCCCAAGCUUUGAUCUUUCUCCAGCCUACGUGACUGCCCUCGACUCAGAAUUUACUCGUGUCUAUGAAGAAUACCACCGCCGCGUUUCCUAUGUCCAAACCACCAGCGAGGAGAUCAUCAAGCUCUGGGCCGAACUGGGUACUCCCCAAGUGCAAACCGAUGCCAACAUUGUCAAGUUCUACCGCGAGUCUCCUGAACAACUCGGACUGCACGAGACCGACCUCGGUACUCUGAUGGCAAGACGCGACAAGUUGUUGGAAGAAAAGAAGGGCCGUGAGCGCAAGAUUAAGGAGCUCCGCUCUUCUGUCGAGAGUCUCUGGGAGCGUUUCGGGGUUGAAGAAUCGGAUCGCAAAGCGUUUUUGUCGGCCAACCGCGGCUGCGGCCUUCGCACUAUCAACGAACUCGAGGAGGAACUGGCUCGUCUCAAUGAGCUGAAGAGACAGAACUUGCACUUGUUUGUCGAGGAUGCUCGCUGCCGCCUGCAGGAGCUCUGGGACAGCCUUUACUUCUCCGAAGAGGAAAUGCUCGACUUUACACCUGCCUUCUCGGAUGUUUGCAGCGACGCUCUGCUUGAAGCCCACGAAGCCGAGAUUGCCCGUUUGGAAACCCUCAAGGAGCAACGCGCCCCAACUCUCGAGAUGAUUGAUAAGCACCGUGGCCUUCUCUCGGACCGCGAGGCUCUUUCCUCGUCCAGCCAGGAUGCAUCUCGCCUGAUGGCCCGCGGAAACAAGGGCGAGAAGCGUGAUCCCGGCAAGCUCCUGCGCGAGGAGAAGAUGCGCAAGCGCAUUGCGAAGGAACUCCCCAAGCUCGAGGCCGAACUGCGGAAGGAGCUGGAGCGCUGGGAGGACGAGUAUGGACGGCCCUUCCUGGUCCACGGUGACCGAUACCUUGACAGCUUGACUCCUGCUCCUGCUGCCUCCACCAUGAGACCGCCCACCCGUUCGAAGACUCCCUCUGCGCCCCCAUCCACUACCAAAUCUAGCGUGUCUCGACAGCCGGUUUCUCGUCCCGGCAGUUCCAUGCGAGGACCUCCUCCUCCCCGCUCCGCUACUAAGACUCCCAAUGGAAGUGGUCCCAUCAAACACAACACUAUUGGCUAUGCUGGAUCUCGAUCUGGAGCCAAGUCCCCUACCAAGCUUCCUGCUCGUGCUCCUUUGAGCAACAUGCCGCAUGGAAACAACUCCCCGGAACGUCGUGCUGGUCCCGGCAACUACUCUUCCAGCACCAUGGGCAAGAUGCCUCCUCCCCGUGGACCUCCUCCCAGAAUGCGCGCCUUGACCGUCGAAUCCAAGGAGCGCAACAGCCAUAUUAUGGAGCCACCUCGCUGCAACAGUGCCAUGUCCAGUGCGUUUGUUCGACCAGUCAGUCCCGAGGAUGUUUAUGAUGAUCGCCAACGCUCCUUCAUGAGUGCUUCCGUCAUGUCCAACCACCGCGCUAUGGGUAUUUCUCACUCAUCUCACUCCUCGCUUUCCUCUCUGUCCCUGAACUCGUCUCAGGGUUACCCUCGAGCUAACCCUUACCUUUCGCACGCGCCACCUCCCCCCGCCCUCCGUCAGACUUCGAGCUCAUCUGCUGGAAACACCACUGUCUCCGGUUCUGAGAACUGGGAGACCUUCGACGAUGCUUCCGACGCAGAGGCCGAUGCCAGCGAAGUCUACUUUGCUAAGCUUCGUGCCGCGCACGGCAAGCGAUUUGCCCCCGACGACGGCAUGGACUUGAUGGGCAAGAAGAGCAAGGGUAUCCGCAGCGUUAGUCCUGACGGACCUCACCCUGGCCAGGUCCUCCGAGUUGCGGGCAGCGACACCGAGUGGACUGAUGACUUCGAAACCUACUGA